AUGUCAAGAUCAACUGGUUUAAUCUUGAUUUCCUUUUGCUUGCUGGUUCUUUUCACGGCUGUAUCCGAAUGCACCACAUGUUAUAGCUACAGUGGGCUGGCAUGGCCCGACCAGAAAGUAUGCCCGGGAUCCGAUUCUUGCUGUGGAGAGAAGGACACAUGUAUGCCGAACCGACUCUGCAAGAGUCCCGACACUCGCGAUAAUAUCUUGGUCCGAGGAACAUGCCUCUCAAGCCCAUGGGAUAGGAGCGAUUGCGCACAAAUUUGCGUUUUCAACGAGACAACUUCCAACACAGGUUUCGCAGAAUAUGUUUUCCCCAGAGUGGAAAUCUGUGAUACCAACACCUACUGUUGCCGGCUGGGAAGCGAUUCAUGCUGCGACUCCUCGAUAGGAAAGGUUUACCUUGAUGACAACGGCAUUUUGUCUUCUGCCCCCAGCUCGACGAGCUCGACGAGCAUCGCGAGUUCCACGGAAACAACCUCAACAGCUGCAACGACUACAACUUCUUCCGCAACGGCCUUCGCGACCACUGCCAUCCCAGACCCAGCUUCCACCAGCUCAGCUUCAGAAUCCUCCGCCGCCGCGGAUGGGUCCAGCUCUGGCUCCGAAGCUCUUGCACUCAAAGUCGGGCUCGGAGUUGGAAUUCCGUUAGCUGCGAUUAUUGCAGGUUUAGCAACUUGGCUUAUUUGCAGAAGAAGGCGCACCAAGAACAGUCACGCAUCUGAACAGCCCGCUGCCACCGCCUACCCUCAUUACGCGGAACACGACGGCUACGCCAAGAGCUCAAAUUAUACAACCCCAAGCCCGGCUGGGCGAGAUGAGAUGCAUGAGAUGCCAGCAAGAGUAAACGAAGGUUGGGACGGGAACCCACGCGAGCUCAUGGGCUCCGAGGUGCAGGACGGGCGGUAUCGUUGA